ACAAAAUUUUCCCAAAAAUUUUUAUCAAACAUAAAAUGUUACAAAUUUUUGCAUGUUAUACUGACAUAAUAAAGCAGUUCAAAAUGCAAAAAAAGAAAAAAAAUCAAAAUGUAUAUAUUGCCUUCCACUCUUCCUCCCUAGUACUUAUAUAGUUGCUGGGAUUUUUAGUGCAGCAUGUUUAACCCAUACAGCCAUUAACAACCAGGCCCUGUACUCCCACUUCGUCCUUUGAUAUACAUAUACAUAUGUAAAUACAUAGCUUUUCGUAAAUUUACACACACACAAAAAUAUUGUAAUUUUGUGCUACGACUGGAGCAGACAGACACAUUUUACUUUUUACAGUUUUAACAGAUUUAUACGGAAUAAAUAAAAUUGUGGAAAGAGAAUUUAUAAUUUAGAUUGAAAGUUGUUAAAUUUGCGCGCCGUUUCAUAAACAAAAUAUUAAACAAUAUCUUUAUUUAGAAUUGAAAUUGAAAAAGAGAAAAUAAAUAAGGAAACAUAAACAAGCUGUUAUCUAUGAGUUUGACAUGCAGAUACAGAAACCAAGAAGGAGCGGGAGAAAGAAAGAAAAUAUUUUAUUGGUUUAAUGAAAUGUCAUAGAAAUUUAUGAUUUAAAGUCUACAAAUAAAAAUAAAAUACAUACAAAUAAAAAUAAUAUAAAAAUUGCCAACAAAAUGCAAUUGUCUAAUAAAGCUACUAACAACAACAGCAACAACAAUGAAUAUAGCAACAAAAUACAAAUGACUAAUACAAAACUACGAAUACAGCAAAAACUACAACAAUUGCAAAAACAAAUUCAUGUGAGAAUAAAUAUGAAAUCAUGUAAUAAAAAUCAACAAAAAUAAUAGAAAAAUAUAUGGAAAUAUAAAUAUUUUUUUUGAAACAAAAAAACUUUUUGUUGUUGCCACAAUAAAAAAAGAUUUUUAUCAACUAACAAAUAAAAACCAAAAUGUAUACUAUCCACUAAAAAAAGAUGAUUCUAAAACAAUAGUGAAAUUGCACAACAAAAUAACAAAUUUAUCGUAACUUAACCACCGAAAUAGACAAAAAAUUAAAGCAACAAAAGAAAAUACUUAUACACAUACUCAACAACAGUUUAAACAGUAAAAUAUUAUAUACAUAAUUGUACAUAAAAAAUAUAAAUAAAUUAUUUAUAACUGUAAUAAAGCAAAAAAAUAAAUAAAGUAUCGAAAUAAAAUCUAAUAGAAAUAGUCAAAUAUUUUUAUUAGUAUUUCAAUACAAAUACAGCAGCUAUUGCUUUACAGUCACAGCGACUUUAACAAUCCAUAAAAGACUUGUAAAAAUAUCUAUAAAAUAAACCUCAAAAGAUGGCUUUGCGUAUUUCGGCGAAAUAUAAAAAUAAUUUAGGACUCAUCAUUUAUGGUUUCACUGGACUUUUGUUGUUAACAACAGCAACAUCAUAUACAUUAGCUGGACGCUUAUUUGAUGUUACAAAUUUGGAAUAUGAAAAAAUUAUAGCAGAAGCUGGCAAAAAUGUUACCAUACCCUGUCCGGGUGUCACCGAACAUUCUCUAGUGGAUACGUUGGUAUGGAAAACAGCCACAACAACAAUAGCCCAAUUUGCCAAUCGUAUACCCUUGUUACAUAGUCCUAGAAUACAACUUUUGUCGGAAAAUUUUGCAUUACAUUUUGCACCAGCCUUAGCUAUAGAUACAGCAGAAUAUAUAUGCCUAGUAAAUGACCGUCAUAUACCAGAAGCAAUUGUUGAUUUACUGGUGCAAGAUGUACCAGAUCCACCAGAAAGACCACUACUGAUAAGUUUUACAUCACGUUCAGUUAACUUAUCAUGGGCCCAUUCACAACAUCCACGAAAUGCCCCGGUAACGCAUUUCAUUAUUGAAACCAGAGUGGGCGAGAAUGGUCAAUGGGAUCAAGUGCCACAAAUACAAACAAAAUCAAAUGUGACAUCGUAUCAAGUAACUGGUCUCAUACCAUUUACAGUGUAUAGUUUUCGUUUGAAAGCAGUCAAUAAAUUGGGCAUAAGUCCACCCUCCAAAGAAUCCUACUACAUAGUGACCUUGCGUGAGGCACCUACGGGUAAACCCAUACCCACAGCUGCCCACAAUACAUCAUCCACCUCUGUAUAUAUAUCAUGGAAACCACCACCUCCGGAUACGAUAUUGGGAGAAUUUCUUGGUUAUCGUAUUACCUAUAGACCUCGUGAUCGUAAUCCCAAUGAUACCAAAGAAAUCUAUAUACGUGAUUCAACAAUUGAGGUAAGUUCAGUGAAGGGCGUAUGGAUUUAAAAUUUAAAAAAAAAU